AUGGCUCCUUCAGGUAAAGCAGUCGUCUUCCUUACGGCCUUGACAGCCAUCGCAGCCGCAUAUCCCGGCAUGGGCAGGGUCCCUGGCGGCAUGACCCACGAGGAGAUGGUGGCAAAGAUCACCCGCGACAGCCGUACCGGCUUCAAUGGCGGUGCCGUCAAUGGCGGAUUCAACGGCGGUCCCAAUCGCGGUCCCAACGGCCCCAAUACCGGACCCAACCGCGGCCCCAAUGGCUCCAACGUCGGUCCCAACAACGGCUUUAACAACGGCUUCAACAACGGCUUCACCACUCGAGCCGAAGACAACGAGAUCAUUGGUGACCUCAUGAAGGUGCCUGACAACGACCUCUCCGACGUCGGAAAAGACGUCAAGGGCAUCUUGACCGGCAACGGCAACGCCGUGUCAGACGCCGCCGAGGGCAGCGUCCCCGAUCUCGGCAGCGCCGAGUGCAGCGCGGACAAGUGCUGCGUGUGGAAGCACGUCGCCGACGAGAUCAUGCCCACCUUCCGCGACGCCAACGGCUGCACCGACCCGGCCCGGGCCUCGAUCCGCCUGGGCUUCCACGACGCCGCAGGGUGGAGCAAAGGCACCGGCGACCUCGGCGGCGCCGACGGGUCCAUCGUCCUCGCGCCAGAGGAGAUCGGCCGUCCGGCCAACGACGGGCUCGAGGACAUCGUCGAGCAGAUGAAGACGUGGCACGCCAAGUUCAGCGAGUUCGGCGCCGGCAUGGCCGACCUGAUCCAGUUCGCCGCCACCACCGCCACCGUCGCGUGUCCCGGCGGGCCGCGGAUCAAGACCUUCGUCGGCCGCAAGGACUCCUCCGUCGCGGCGCCCGACGGCCUGCUGCCGGAUCCGAGGGACAACGCCGAUAAGCUGAUCGAGCUGUUCGGGAAUAAGACCAUCUCGGCCCCGGGGCUCGCGGCCCUCGUCGGCGCCCACACCUCCAGCCGCCAGCGCUUCUUCGACCCGUCGCGCGCCAACGCGCCGCAGGACACGACGCCCGCCGUCUGGGACGUCCUCUUCUACCAGGAGACCCUGAACGCGAGCCCCGGAGACAUCGUCACCUUCCCCAGCGACAUCGCCUUGUCCAAAGACCCACGGUCCGCCCCGGCGUUCCGGGCUUUUGCGCAGCAGGCGCCUCUCUGGGGUGCUGCUUAUGCGAGGCAAUAUCUCCGCCUCAGCUUGCUUGGGGUGUUCAACAUCAACGAGCUGACCGAUUGCACCAAGGCGCUGCCCGCCGGGACUGCUGCCAAGAGGUCGUAA